UUUUUUUAAAAUAAUAAUAAUAUGAAUUUAAUUCAAACAUCACUAGUAGUAUUAUCGUUAUGUUUAACUUUGGUUUUAAGUCAAGUCAAAGAAUAUUAUGAACAAAAAACUGUUGAAAAACUAUUAGCUAAUUAUGACCGGCGUUUCAAUCCGUGGGAGUAUAACUGGUCGGCCAAUGGUACCGUACAUUUAGGACCGAUUAACGUAACCGUCAAUAUGUAUGUCCGUAGUAUUGAAUAUAUCGACAGUAAACGUAUGCAAUGGAAAGUACAGCUAACGUAUCGACAGAAAUGGCAGGACAUGCGACUCCAAUAUGACGAUAGACAGGGUAUCAUCAGAUACGUACAGUUAGCUAAUCCAUUGGAUACGAUAUGGGUUCCCGAUAUGUUUAUAUCUAACGCGCGUGAAACCUACAAACACGUAGAUAUACUGCCCAAUCAAUUGGUUCGGAUCUAUCCGGACGGUUGGGUAUUGUUUUCAAUUAGACUCACGACAACAAUGUCGUGUCCAAUGAAUUUAGUAAACUAUCCGUUUGAUAGGCAAGUGUGCUCAAUACAGUUGGCUAGUUAUGGCUACACUACUGACAGUUUAGUGUACAUGUGGAAAGAGGAUGAUCCAGUACAGAUAACUAAAAAUGUUUAUUUACCACAAUUUACCUUGAACAAAUAUCUAACAUCCUAUUGUACAUCACGUACAAAUACAGGUGAAUAUUCAUGUUUAAAAGUAGACCUACAAUUUACCCGGGCACCACUGCCAUACAUAUGGCAAUGGUUUGUACCGAUGACCUGGCUGACCUUUCUCGGGUUUAUAUCGUUUUUCGUACGACCAGCCAAUUCCGGGCGCCUGCAACUGUUGCUGGCCAUACUGGCCAUACAGUACGUACAUAGUACACUAUCAACUAAAUGGUCCGACUCUAAGGUCAGCUAUACUACGCUCAGGGAUCUGUAUUUUGGGGUCAGUUAUGUGUUUACAUUCGGCGCACUUGUCGAGUACGCCCUGGUAUGGCUAAUGGACAGUCGUCAUCGUCGUCAACGUAAUAGGACUAACCAGGACUACUCGAUUAACAAUAAUAAUAAUAAUAAACGCUAUACUAAUACUACAGGUGCUGGCGAUUCACCCGAUCUUAAUGUUAUGAAACCUAUACUCAAAUAUAAUUCAUUAAACAAUGAGGGUUUGAAUCGUCAAUCAAUGGGUAGCACCGGUACUACUACUACCUACUGGUGCUUUAAUAAUAAAUUGGAUCUAGCUAGUGCCAUACUAUUUCCAAUAUUAUAUUUGGGAUUUAUUAUUUAUUUUAUUUGUAAAGUUACCCUGAUAUUAGAUAUUGAAUCUAUUUGAAUGAUUUAAAUAAAUAAAAAUUAAUAUUAAUAU